CAAUGGCAUUCAAUUGAAUCGUUGAAGUCCAAAUGAAAGCACCUUCUUCCCGCUCUCCAAAAAUUUUACUUAAACUUUCCCAUUUCUCACUCCAAAAAUAUUCUUUCCCUCCCUCCCAUUAAUGGCACUGCUCUGAUUCUGCAUAGCUUACAGGAGUCCUGGAAAAUCUCUACGGUGGCAAGGGAAAUGGAGGAAAUUUAUAAAUAUUUAGAUAAAGUCAAAGCAGAGAUGGAGAAGCUCCAGGAUGAAUACCGAACCAAAUCUGAAUUGUUUGAGUGCUUAAAGAAAGUUCAUGAAGAUCAAUUAGUUAAAUUUGAAGAAGCUCAACUACAGAUUGAGGAGAAGGCUCGAGUAAUAGAUGCCCAGUCUGUGGAGAUAUCUGAAGCAAGGAAAUGCAUUGAAUUCCUCAAAUCCAGUUUGCAUGAAAAGGAACUGUCUCUAAAGGAUUUGAGUUCUGAGAAUGAAAAACUCCGUGCUAAUUGUAGGGAGAAGUUGCAUAAAUUGGAAGAAGAAAACAAAGUGACAGUACUGGCUUUAGAUGAAGCAUCAUCAAAGAACAAAGAAUUGAUACAAAAGCUUUGUGUGAGUAAUGAGCAGAUUGUGGGUCUUAAAAGACAAUUACUGGAUUCUGAGAAGAAAUGUCUUGAAGCAGAGAAAAGGGCCCAAACAUCAGAAGAACUAGCGAAAAGGGAUGAUAUAAUCCAGAAAUUGGAGGAGGAUUGCACAAAUGUUCAGGAGCAGCUUAAAUGGAAGCAAGAACAGUUUAACCAACUUGAAAAGGCUCGUGAAGGCUUCCAAGACCAGUUUCAUUUGCUUAAGGAGGAGUGGGAAAGAAAGAAUUCAGUGCUACUUGAAGAAAUAUCUUCAUUGCAGACUAGCUUGGAUUCUCAAAUCAGAAUCUCAGAAGAUUUUCAAACUCGUCUAGAGAUGUGCAGCCAAGCUUUAGAUCAUGAAGAGAGCAGGAGAAAAGUUCUGGAAAUUCAAGUAUCAGAAUUAGAAUCUCGUUUUGGUUAUGUAUUUAACCAAUCCCUAGAGGAGAAGUCAAAGUUGGAAAACUUGACCAGUGAGAGGGAUGAAGAGAUUGCAAUGUUAAGAAAUUUAGUGGCAAAGAAAGAGGCACUUGCAAAGGAAAUGGAAUAUAAAAUUUCUCAACUUGAGCUAAGGAAUUGGGAAUUGGUGGAUUCUCAUAAAGUACUUCAAGAAGCUGAAAACAGUUAUGCCAAUGCUUUGCUGAAGGUGAUGAGUGAUAAGAUCAAAGGCUUAGAGCAGGAGCAUAGUAACUGUUUCACAAACCUCAAAGAAAGAGAAUUUGAAUGGAUUUCUCAAAUGGAACAAUUAAAAUUGGAAGUAAAUAGUUGUGAAUGUGAAAUGAAGAAAAAAGAAAAACAAAUGCAGGAGGUUCAGAUAGAGGUGGAAAAUUUGCAUUCUGCUGUUGAGAUUUUGAACAAAGCGAAUUUUAUAAUGCUUAUGGUCUUACAAUCAGAAUUUUCAGAAGCAUAUUCGAAUUUAAUGAAUGCAAACGCUGAGAUUGAGCUGCUCAACAAAGAGAAGGAAGAUAAGAUUAGCCUCCUCAUGAAGCAGUUGGAGAUGACAAACAAUGCUCUAAGCAGAACUCAUCUCUAUCUUGAGGAAUAUCAUAAGCAAGUAGCUUCCUUUUUGAAGAAGGUAGAGUCACUGGAUCCUAUGGAACUGCAGCCAACUCUCUUGGAGGAAGGGCUUGACAGUCAUGAGGAAACAGUUGAGCAAGAGCAAAGCAUAGAUGAUCACAAACAGAUUGUUUCACUUGAAGCUGCAGCAGCAGUGAAACCAGAGGCAGAGGUGGUUUCCACAAAUGACAGGGAAAGUCUUCUCCAGCUUGCUGAAGAGGAAGCUAAUUGCACAGAUAAUCUCCAGAAAGCUGUCAUUUGCUUGAAGCAAGAAUCUUUCAGAAGAGAUUCAGAAGGUGCCAUUCUUGCAAUGCUAGAAUCUGAGCAACUGCGUGAACAAGAGAAAAUUAGCCUUUUAAAGUUGCCAAAUAAGGAAGAACAGUGCACUAAAGAUCUUCAGAAACAGGAGCAGAAUAUACAACAGAAACUGUCGUAUCAGGAGUUCUUGCCUCAUUCAAAGGAUGAGGCAAUGCAUCAUCAAGCAUUGCUGGAAGCUAACAUUUUGGAUAAUGAAAUUUCAAUGAAUCAAUUUUGGAAGCAGCAAAAAAACACGGAGGGUAGAUUUGUGUUUGAAGGAGUUCUACUUCAAGAUGUGAUGAAGCAAAAUGCAGAAAGGGAGGAUAUGUUGGCUCAAGUUGAGGAUAUAUGUGACCAGAUUGAUGAAUUGUGUUGCAAAGAUGUUGAACUGAUGAAACUUUUGGAGAAGAUAUUGCACAUUUGCGAGGAAGAGUGUAGACCUGGGACGGAUUUGAAAGCAAGUAAUGAGCUGUGUGAGUCGCAAGACAAUGCAGACAGCACAUUUUGUCCCUCAACAACGAAAUUUCAAGCAGUUACUUAUGAAAGAACACCAUUGAAAGAGCUAAACCAUUCGUAACAUUUAGAAGGAUUUAUAUUCUCAUGAAACCUCCCAAUUCCCAGAGGUAUUCCAUUAGAACUGGUUUCAGAAUUUCAUUCCAGUGUCGAAGAUUUACAUCUCUAGCUAUUCUAUGCUUUGGUGUUCUCCAUGUGUAUAUAAUAUACAUCUACAUUGUUACACCAACCCAAAUUCAAUCUUAGACCUUCGAGUGUAGAUGACAUUAAGAAAGUGCGAAGAGCAAUUUUGUGUCUAAAGCUUAGAGGUACAACUUUUGCUGAAUUUUGUGUUACAGAAAAACUGGUAGCUAGAAUCAUCUGAUUCUAUCUCGCAAGUGUACUUUCAAAAUUACUAUAUGUUGAAUAUGUGUUUAACUAAUUUAUUUGUUCAAAAGUUUGCUUUGUUA